CAGGAGCUAAGGUGGCUGCAAAAGGGGAAAGCGGCGCGAGCCAAGUGGGGGAGGGUGGAGGAAACCCGGGAGAAGGCUUUCUCCAGCCCCCAAAGUUUUGAUGAUGACCAUGACUACGAUGGCUGACGGCUUGGAAGGCCAGGACUCGUCCAAAUCCGCCUUCAUGGAGUUCGGGCAGCAGCAGCAACAGCAGCAGCAGCAGCAGCAGCAGCAGCAACAGCAACAGCAACAGCAGCAGCAGCAGCAGCAGCAACAGCAGCAGCCGCCGCCGCCGCCACCGCCGCCGCCGCCGCAGCCGCACUCGCAGCAGACCUCCCCGGCCAUGGCAGGCGCGCACUACCCUCUGCACUGCUUGCACUCGGCCGCGGCGGCGGCGGCGGCGGCCGGCUCCCACCAUCACCACCACCAGCACCACCACCACGGCUCGCCCUACGCGUCGGGCGGAGGCAACUCCUACAACCACCGAUCGCUCGCCGCCUACCCUUACAUGAGCCACUCGCAGCACAGCCCUUACCUCCAGUCUUACCACAACAGCAGCGCGGCCGCCCAGACGCGCGGGGACGACACAGAUCAACAAAAAACUACAGUGAUUGAAAACGGAGAAAUCAGGUUCAACGGAAAGGGGAAAAAGAUUCGGAAGCCUCGGACCAUUUAUUCCAGCCUGCAGCUCCAGGCUUUAAAUCAUCGCUUUCAGCAGACUCAGUACCUGGCCCUUCCCGAGAGAGCCGAACUGGCUGCUUCCUUAGGACUGACACAAACACAGGUGAAGAUAUGGUUUCAGAAUAAACGCUCUAAGUUUAAGAAAUUGCUGAAGCAGGGCAGUAACCCCCAUGAGAGUGACCCUCUCCCAGGUUCAGCAGCCCUGUCUCCACGCUCUCCAGCUCUGCCUCCAGUGUGGGACGUUUCCGCCUCGGCCAAGGGCGUCAGUAUGCCCCCCAACAGCUACAUGCCUGGGUAUUCUCACUGGUACUCCUCACCACACCAGGACACCAUGCAGAGACCACAAAUGAUGUGACUUGUCUGACUGAGUGGAGGCGGCCUCGGGACUUCUGAAGGAAGCUGGGAGGAUCCAGGACUCACCUGCAUCUGCCAAACAGCCUAAGGGAGGAGCUCAGAGGAACUGUCCCUGUUAUCUGGUUCUCCUUUCUCUCUCUCCCUCCCUCCCUCCUUCCUUCACCA